AAGAGGUGUUUCUCAGUUUGCUGCAGCCCUUUGGUUCUCGUGGAUGUGAGCCCUUGGUUUUCAAAGCCAGACAUUUUGGGGGCUCGUCUCUCAUGUGCAGGUCUUAAAAGUUGGGGUGCCUGAUGUGGGGUGCGAAACCUUCACUCCUCAGGGAGAAGCUUCUGGUUCGUGAGUUCCCUCCUGACUGUGGGUUGUGCACCAGGGGUGAGGUUUAUGGUGAGACUCCAUCACGGCCUCUCCUACCCACCUUGAUGUGGCUCUUUUCUUGUUUGCUGAGGUGAAGCAGCUGCUCAGCUAAUUGUCGGGUCUUUUUCAGAGGAAAUUGUUCCAUAUGUAGCUGUAGAUUGGGUGUGUCUGUAAGAGGAGUUCUAUUUGGGAUACAAUCUGGUCUAAGAGGAGAUUUUUUCCAGCAUGACUUUCUCUGUAGAUCCCUUAUAAGGUGGCGCAGAGGUGAGUUUAUUAUUCAGCUGAUCACUGGGAGGCAAUUGAAGCUGGAUUCUGCCUCUUGAAAACCCACUCAAUUUUCCCAUUCCCAAAAUAGGACAAGCCCCCACCCUGCCUUCCAGGGAUAUAGAAUAGAAAGCUAAAACUUUGGAAAGAAAAGCCUUCUGAAUAGAUAGCCCAGGAAAUUUUGAAAACCCCUUGGGAAGUUGUCUAUUUCGCUUGGGUAUCUCUGUCCCUAGGACAUUGGUGAUGUGGUCUGACUUGAACCAGAAAGUGGGGGAACAACAGAAAAUGGCAGCAGGAGAGGAUUGUGAGCGGAGGCCUGGGAACAGAGGCUGUGGUGAGGAGGACCAUGAGGGCCCAAGAGUGUGGGCCAGAACAAGACUCGCUGUUGCCAACCUCCUGCUGGGGUCCACUCUGUGUCCCUUACUCUUAACAGAAUAUUCCCUGUGACCAGCCUGGGAAGAGCUAGAAACAGGUAUAAAACCACCAUUUGAAGGAAGAAAGAUGCUUCAUGAGGAAUACCAAAAGUUUUCUUGAACCCACCGAAUACUGGAAAUAUUUAGGGCAGUAAAGUGACUCAGCCCAGCAGAAGGCGGCCCAGGAAUGGCACAUGGAGUCCUGUCUCCCCCUUCCUUCUCAGGCCAGCCUGUGGCAACCCUGGAAUGUUGACGUGAAGCCUCCAGCUUCUGGAGGAGCCAACCACCAAGAACAGCACGGUUCUUGUCUACAGGCCCCUUCUAGCAGGUUGGCUGCCUUCUGUUCUCCAGCGCUCUCAGCACCGAUGGGCUCAGACCCUCCCACUGCCUGCUGCUUCUCCUACACCAUGCGGAAGCUUCCUCGCAACUUUGUGAUCGAUUACUAUGAGACCAGCAGCCUCUGCUCCCAACCAGCCGUGGUAUUCCAAACCAAAAAGGGCAGACAAGUCUGUGCCAACCCCAGCGAUGCCUGGGUCCAGGAGUACAUGGAUGACCUGGAGCUGAACUGAGCCGCCCCAGAUGCAGGGGCAGGAGGUCUCCAGGGAAGGUCACCUGAGCCCGACGCUUCUCAGUGAGACACACGCUCUCAGUGCUCACGACUCCUCUCAGUAGUCCCAGUUCCUUCUCUAAUUUAAUCUUUCUUAUGUGCUGUGUGAUUGUAUUUGGUGUUAUUUCCAUUAUUUAUGUCUGUUUUGCCAAAGGACACGUGUCCCCCAUGGGGAUGGUCCACCAUCACUGUUUCUCUGCUAUUGCGGAUAUGUGGAUAAUGCAGUUGGUUCCAUGUGUUUUCAUAAUAAAAUUUUU